AUGGAACAGCUUAUACCGUUAGUGAGCCGGCUCCAUCGCAUUCUUGCGUGGACCGGCGAAAGCGGCUUGGAGCUGCCGGCCAUCGCGGUCAUCGGUGCACAGUCGGUAGGCAAGUCCUCCGUGCUGGAAGCCAUCGUAGGACGCCCAUUCCUGCCGAAAGGAACGGGUAUUGUAACCCAGAGGCCGCUAAUAUUGCAGGUGUGUUGGCUAGGUGAUGCGAAACAUAAUGCGCAGCUGAUGUAUGACGGCGAUGCCGUCGAGCAUGGCGAAUUCGCGCACAAGCGUGGCGUUAUUUUCGAUGACUUCAACAAGAUCAUGGCCGAAAUCAAGUCAGAGACUGAACGGCUGCUCGGGAAUACCAAGAAUGUGUCUCCGGUACCCAUCUUCCUCAAAAUCGUAUCGCCAAGGGUGGUCGAUUUAACGCUUAUAGACCUUCCGGGGAUCACCAAGGUGCCAGUGGGCGACCAAACGCACGACAUCGAGCGUCAAAUACGCGAAAUGAUCAUGGAGCGCAUCAGCAGCCCCUCGUGCAUUAUCCUGGCCCUCACUGCCGCCAACACGGACAUCGCAACUUCAGACAGCCUCCAAAUGGCGCGGGAAGUGGACCCUCACGGACUUCGCACCAUAGGGGUAAUAACCAAAUGCGACAUGGUCGAGGACGGCUUCAACGCAGUGGACGUGCUGCAGGGCCGGGUGUACAAGCUCCGCAGGGGCUACGUUGGCGUGGUAUGCAAGGACAAGACAGGGUCUCCUGACGCAACCCACAGCACUGCAGAGGAGGACGCCUUCUUCACGAACCACCCGAUAUACGGACCUAUCGCAAAAAGGUGCGGGAUAAGGCACCUGUCGCUCAUGUUGAACGAAAUGCUCACCUUCCACAUCAAGCAGAUGUUCCCGUUCAUCAAAAGCAAACUGCUUGCCGUCAUGCACGAACGCGAAAUGGAGCUUUUGUCUUACGGAUUCGGGUCGAGCGAGUUGAGUGCUUCGCCCGGCGGGUGCCUGCUGCACUUCUUCACGGCAUUCUCUCAGACCUUCAGGGACAUUAUCCAUGGCAAAAAGUCAUCGAGGCAACACUCUACUCAGCUGUAUGGAGGGGCGCGAAUAAACUACAUCUUCAACGACAGCUACCUCAAGACACUGAAGGCGUUCAGCCCGUUGUCAGGGCUCUCCGACAUUGAGAUACGCACCGCCAUUCGGAACUCCACAGGUCCGGCAUCCGCCCUGUUUGUUCCGGAAAUCGCGUUCGAAAAUCUCGUAAAGAAGCAGAUACGCCUUUUGGAAGUACCGUCCCUGCAGUGCGUGGACCAAGUGUACGAGGAGCUGCUUAACAUACUGGAGACCUGCGAGAUCCCCGAACUUAACAGGUUCAUGAACAUGCGCAUGAGGAUGCUGGUUGUGAUCAAGGAGCUGCUAAGGCAGUGUGUCGAUCCUACCAAGGACAUGAUUCGCAACCUCAUAAAAAUCGAAUUGGCCUACAUCAACACCAACCACCCAGACUUCCUCAGGGGAAACGCCAUGGAGAAGGCAUGCAAUGCGCAAUCCAACCAGCAGUCGCAUGGAAGGCGUUCGACUAAUGCGUCAACCGCGUCUGGAUAUUCGUCAUAUUCGGAUUCAUACGACCGCAACAGAUCUCAAAAUAGGAGUGAUGGCUACGAUAAUAGGUCAAAAGGGGAUUCCUCGUCGAAGAACGUGGAGGAUGCCAGUGAAGAGGAGCCACGGCCGCUGUGGUUGCCGAACAUUCCUAAGGCCGUCAGCCUCGGAACUGAGCCCAGUGAGCGCGAGGUGAUCGAGGCGGAACUUAUUAAAACGCUCAUUGAAAGCUACUUCUCAAUCGUCAGGAAAAACAUUGCCGACGCCGUACCCAAGUGCAUUAUGCACUUCAUGGUCAACAAAACCACGGAUUCCAUACAGCAAGAGCUCAUAUUGCACCUCUACAAACAGGAGCUCUACGAGGAGCUCACCGCAGAGUCGAAACACAUCAUUCAGCGCAGGGAGCAGUGUCUCGAAAGCCUCAAGUCUUUGCGACAGUGUGUCGCCGAUCUCAACGAACUACUGGACUUCAGGAUCGAGGCGUAG